AUGAGCUGUGGAAGAUUCUCCUGGUACUUCCCCCUUCCCCACAUAAAACCUGGAACCCUCAUCUCCGGUCCUUCCCCCCAAUACCCCCCUCCCCCUCCCUUCCCCCCACACGCACACAGUGAGGAGGCAGCAGAGCAGGAGCUACCAGAUGAGCUGCGGAAGAUUCUCCUGCAAUCGCAAGCCGACGCAUCAAACGCACCCAAACGAGCCUUCCAAGGUGCGGCCGUUCGGGUUGCCUUUGGCUUUGGUGCAUCCGCAGCAGCAGCAGCAGCAGCAGGGAUGGGCAUGGGGCCUACCAAAGGGGGCAGCAGCGGUUUUGGCGAUGGGGGUGGUGGCUCGUUCCAAUUGGACGAGAAGAAGGCAAAGAAGAGAGAUACCAUGGACUACAGUCGCUACUACCCCACAACGCUUCCUCUGCGCCCCCCAAACACUGGCCCACCAGACAUUCUAAACGAGGCUGAGUUUGGAGAGGAGGCUUUGUCCCGCCCUUUCAACGAAGCUGCUGUGCCCCCAGCCAGAGAACUCGGCUUAAACCCCCCUGCUGCUGCUGCGGCUGCUGCUUCUUCUUCUUCUCUUGAUGACCGGAUGGUCUUUUUCCAGCUGCCCGCCGCGCUGCCAGUGCGCCGGGAGCGGGCAGCUGAGCUCGCGCCGGGAGAACCCGGGCCGUUGGAUGAGCUUUCGUCGCUGCCCGAGGGGCGGAUUGGGAAGAUUCUCGUGUAUGAUGAUGGGAGAGUGAAGAUGAGGCUUGGCGACACUCUAUUUGAUCUGCAGGCCGGUUCGCCCUGCAUAUUCCACCAGGAGCUAGCAGCUGUGAAUGCCGCAUCAGGCAUGUGCCAUUUCUUAGGGGACGUGAGGCAGAGGGCUGUUGUGGUGCCGGAUAUAGACUCAUUGCUACAGUGA